AUGAAUGAAUCGCAAACGGCCGCCCGCGCCGCCCCGCUGGUGGGCCCCUAUCCCAUCGACGAGGAGGCGCUGCGGAAAUUGAAGCGCUUGCACGACGACGGCGCCAUCGACGAUUACACGUUCCGGUGCAUGAAGGCCGCGGCCCUCGGUCUCACGCGCAAAGCGGCGCGCACGAGACUAAGUUUGCUGCACCUGCCGGCCGACGUGCUCUCAAAGAUUGCCUCGCACGCCGUGGUCCCCGCUCUCGUCGUCGCGGCCGGGAAGGACCUGGAGGCGCGGACGGCGCUGCGCAAGGGCACGGACGUGGCCGAAAGGUCACGCUACGGCGGCGUCGGCCUCACGGUGCGCGAGGCGGAGCAUAUCCUGCGGACAACGUAUCGAGCGCCCCACGCUAACCUGGCGUCUCGUAGGGCGGCGGGGCGGACGCUUGGGCUGGUCACCUCGCUCGCGGCGAGGAAUGACGGGUUCUUUGCUGAAAAGUUCUUUGUGGGAUUUGAACUUGUUUCUCCGUUGGUUGCCUAUGGAGCGGACCUCGACGCCUCGAUCGGACCCAGUGGAAAACAUCCGCUACACUUUUUGGCGGUGUACGCCCCUGGCGAAGCGAUGAAAUUCGCCCGGCUACUUCUGGCGGCGGGCCGCGACAUCGACCCUAAGUGCGAUAUCGGCACGACCCCUCUCUGCUGGUGCCUCACCGCGGGGCGGCUAACCAAAGCUCAUUAUCAGCUGGCGACGUUCCUCAUCGAAAACGGGUGCGACGUUCUCAAGGCGCACAGAGGUUGGAAUCGAGCUUUGGUCGUUCACAACCCGCCCGGUGUUCAAGGACCUAUGCUGAUGGAUAUUCUACGUCGAGAGCCUCGAACGACGACUAAUCUGCGCUUUACGCAGUACUUCAGGGAGAAACUGCUGCAUGCGGGGGGUUUUAGGUUUCCUUCUGCUGCCCGCUUCCCCCCUCCCGGCACCAGCGCGGUAGACUCUUGCAGGCCGAUGUAA